AUGGAAAAGUCCAAGAAUUUCCGGAUUGACGCUCUGCUGGCCAUCGACCGCCCCAAAGCUCAGACUUCCCCCCUGGCUCUGGUCACUUCUUUAUCCUCGUCCUCUCUAUCCACCUCGGGCAGCCCUCCUUCUGAUCACCCCGACAUGAGGACAGAGAGUCCGUCACCCCCCAGGACUUGUGGACUGGUACCCAAACCCGGCUUCCUGAGCAGCCACCAGCACCCUGGCAGUAUGAUGACCCUACACCCCCCGGGGGGUGCAGGUAUCCCCCCUCCGGCUUUCUAUGGGCACCCCAUGUACAGCUACUCAGCAGCGGCUGCCCUGGCAGCGGGGCAACACCCAGCCCUGUCCUACCCCUACUCACAGAUCCAGGGAGCCCACCAUCUCCACCCUGUGGACCCCAUAAAGAUCAGUGCGGGCACCUUCCAGCUGGACCAAUGGCUUCGAGCUUCCACCGCUGGCAUGAUGCUGCCCAAGAUGGCAGACUUCAACGCUCAGGCUCAGUCCAAUCUGCUGGGGAAGUGUAGAAGACCGAGGACAGCCUUCACCAGCCAGCAGUUGUUGGAGUUGGAGCACCAGUUCAAGCUGAACAAAUACCUCUCCAGACCGAAACGUUUCGAGGUGGCCACGUCGCUGAUGCUCACAGAGACCCAGGUAAAAAUCUGGUUCCAGAACAGACGUAUGAAGUGGAAGAGAAGCAAGAAGGCAAAGGAACAAGCUGUCCAAGAUGCAGAGAAACAACAGAGAGGAAACAAGGGCAGCUGUGAAGAAAAGUGCUCAGAAGACAAUCAGGAAGAGAAAAGCCCAUCCUACCAUGUUCACUCCAGAGGGGAGUCACUGAAAGCAGGCAGCCGCAUUCCCAGAGACUAUACAGACAGUGAAGAGGAGGAGGAUCGAGAUGAUGAUGAGGAUGAUGAGCAUAGAGAUGAUAAGCACUUCUACCAUCACUCGACUGACUGUACCUCUGAGGAGGAGGACAGCAGCCAACAGCAGAGCAAUCAGCUACACUGA